GGAAACAUUCCCGGAUGGAUCACCUAUAUAUGCCGAUACCGGACAGGUGUUUCAGCUAGUGCCAGUCUAUCAUCAUCAACGUCGGUUAUGUAUCAGCACAACUCUAAUUUGACGCUAACGCCAAUCAAACGAUAACAGGCCAGAAUUGGUACCUGGUAUUCCACUAUUGACCUGGAUUGCCUUUACUCUCUAGGCUGUAACAGCGUAACUCAUUGGUUUUAGAUCUACGCAAUACCGCGAAAGCCAAGAAAGGUAAUUCCCUUUUUUUGGAAUGCAUAGAACCCAUAAUUAAAUCAGUAGCGUGGAAGUUGGAAUGAACAGAUAACAGAUGUCACUUUUUAAAAUCCUCUCUCUAUGUGUUGCCUCUCUUAUCUGUUCUCCUGCACUGAAGCGGGCGUCCUGCCAGGGUAGAAGCUUUUCUCUCAGGACUCCACGAUCAGCACUAUCGAAACGCCGUAUGAAAGAUUUCCCUCAGAUAAGGAGCACUGCUUCAUAAAAUCGCUAUCUCUAUCCCCGGAUACGAACUUUG